CACAUGUAAAACCUGCAGGACAGCGUCCUCGAGGCCUGGAGUUGGACCCCCUGUGUUAGUGGAUGUGAGGACAAUCAAAGCAGCCGGUCAGCCAAAGCUGAAGCAUUCCCUGCAUUCAGUAUGAGCCAUUAAAAAAAACCUCAGGUACAGUUUUACACGAGUCUGUGGAGACGGACUCAGUUUGGAGUCAACCUCAAGCAGCCAUCACAGGAACUGCAGGCGCGCGCGCGCCUCCGCCUUAUCUUAAUGCUUCCGCCUGCUUUUACGGACAGAGUGGUGCAUCCUGUUGGAUGUGGAGGAUCUUUUGCUCCGUCUGCGGCCACAGCUCCCAGCAGCGGAUCGCGGUGACGGAGAGUGUGUGUCUGUGUGUGUGAGAUGGGGAUUAUUCUCAUUUCACAGCAGAGGACAGAGGACGAGAAGGAUCCAGAAGUGCCAUCCAGCUGGAUUAUGGUGAUGACGGUGAAACCGAAAUGUCUCGCAGCGUUCGGGAAGAACACCAAUAUUUAACAUGACCUUUGACCUUUACCUAUCACCUCCUGUGACAGAGCAACUGCAGGAAGACAGGCUGAGGCCUGCUGGUGAGUCCAUGGACCAGGAGGAGGUGAAGCUCUGCUCUUCCAUGCUCAUUAGAAGAUGAUUUUCGACUGACGUUACACUUUUUGAGUUGCGUUGAUUUCUACAACUUCGGUCCCAGGUCAUAUUAAUGAUGGCGAGUGUCUGAACUGAGCUAACAUAACCAUCUGCUGACUGUGAGAUUUGGAAAAUCAGCACAUGGCUUCUGACCCCAGGAUUAUGAGACUCUGCAGGGAAGCCGAUGCUUAGUCAACUCACAGUUCACGGCUCCAGUGGACCGUUGGUGGAAAAAAUGACUAGUUUCACAAGAUCUCAAUAGACUGGAGUCAGCAAUGAUAACAUGCAAUAUCUUUAAUAGAGAGGGGCAAGCAAAUCCCCCGUCAGCUGUGCUUUCCACACCUGCUUCUGGGAAACUGAUGUUCUGAUGUGCUGUAUGGAGUGCAGAGUCCGGAUUCAACUGAUUCAUUGAAAAACAGGAAGUUUAACGGACCAUUCUGACUGUUGGCGAGACGAGGCAAUCUCGCACUCUAACCCGUUCGUUCUGGUUUUAACUGUCAUGGGUCUGAACCCCGGCAGGAGUACCUGACCGAACCAGGGAAUGGUCGGCAGCUCAAUAAAACUCUGUGUUUGGAGCACGCGAGGGCGAGGUCCAUCUUGAUCUCUGAUUCAGAACUCGAAGAAGAAAAAGUCCUCUCCCCCCCACUUACCUCUGGUGGGGGGGAGGGUGAAGGGUACUUUUGUUUUAAGGUUUAGGAUUUAUUUUUCACACAGUAGGCUUUAGGCUGUAGAGUUAGGCGACUCUGCUCUGCGUAACUUCAGAUCCGGUCCAAGUUCUUCUUUGUGUUCAGCCAGUUUGAGGGAGUUGUAUCCUCGGCCCUGUGGCUUAUUUGUGUCACCACUCUUUGAGUUAGCCUUUGGCUCUGCACUAGCAGUAGCUGUGACUCAGGCAGCAUUUCAUCUGGUGCGGAAGUUUAGCAUUUAGACUCAGUGCUGCCUUGAAUUGUAUUACCUGAAUCUAAACAACUGUGACAGCAUUUAGGCUAAAAGUGACCGUUGUCCACUGGGCAUUUCCAUAGCUGUUUUUCUUUUUUGUUUUGUUUUUUUUAGCCUGAGGUUCCUUAGCCAUUAGCUUGAGUGCUACCUUUCAGACUUAUUAGUCAUGGAUGCUAAUCAGGGCCCAGGCCAGGGCAGUCCAGAAAGCCCUAACCGGGCCGUGGAGUAUCUUCUUGAACUCAACAACAUCAUCGAAAGCCAGCAGAAACUUUUAGAAACGCAGCGGCGCCGAAUUGAGGAGUUGGAGGUCCAGCUGGACCGGCUCAGCCAAGAGAACAAGGACCUCCGUUUGGACCGGCAGCCCGUUGCUCCUCCCCCACCUGCGCCUCCUCCCGAGCCUCCUCUCCCUCCUCCUCCGCCACCACCGCCGCUGGCUCAGACCACAUCGGCUUCCAUUUCCACAAAGAAUCACCAUCACCACAACAGCCAGCACCAGGCUCCGGCACAGCCUCCCUGCUCCAUCCCCCUCCACCACCAGCAUCAUCAGGUGCACCACCACUCCUCCACCCACCACUCCCACUCCUAUAAUAGCACCAACAGCACUGCUCCGACUCCAAUUCCAGUUCCCUCUCCAACCUGCGCCCCAACACCUCACUCUGUACUGACCCAAAUUCCAGCUCCGAUUUCCUCUUCAGCCCCGGCUGCUCCUCCUCCACCUCCGAUUCCACCCAGGGAUCAGCCGCGAGCCCACAGCCGGCUGACUCGCAUGCCCUCCACCAGCACUGGCACCAACACCAACUUUGUGGAGAAAGAGAAGGAAAGGCUGGAGCGCCUGCAUAGAGCCAACGCUGCCAACAACCAUCACGCCCACACCCUCCACCACCACAAAUUGUCUUAUUCCUCCUCCACCACCUGUUCUACUACCACCACUUCUUGUCGUUCCUCCAACAACCCUACUAGCAUCACCACUCCUUCCUCCACCUCCUCCUCCUCCUCCUCUCUCUACUCCUCCAGCCUACCUCCUAACAGCCACGCCACCUACCAUCAGUACUGCUGUCCCGCGCGCCUCCGCCUGCCCAAGCCUCCCUGCGCCCUGCCCCCCGCCAAGCACCACGAGCAGGCAAGAGAGGAGGAAGAUGAUGACAUCGCCCAUCAGUUCUGUUGCCCCGCCUCCGAGUGCAGUAGCCCCUCAUCUAGGUAACCAGGGGCGACCAUGAGAAAGCUCCGCCCCACACAACUGUCCCAGGGUAAACUGAGGGGUAAUUAUGAGCCCCUGUCCUCCGUCCACCAUGGCUGUCUCUCUCUCUCUGUCUCUCUCUCUCUUCCUCUUUUGUCGUUUGACCACCAAACAGCAAGAAAACUGUGGAGUAAAAAAAGAGACGUGUGAAAUGAGAAGAUAUGGAGUAAAUCCGGCGAUCCUUCAUUUAAAACUUCCUCGUUAAAAGCCUGUUUGUGGAGAAAACUGGAGCUUUAAAAGAAAACAAUGAAGCUGUCUUUGCAACUCUGCUGCUGAUCCGAUCUCUUUUCUUUUAAAUCUGGCGACACAUUUUCUUACACACCUUGAGUCAGACAGUAAAAGUUGCUCUGCAGCUUUAAAACCACAAGGACCGAUCAUCACCUCUGCAGUCUGACCUACCUGGAGAGCUCACACCUGCUUCAGCUGGUUCACAGGGUGACUCGGCUGAACGCCGGCGAUGAGUCUGCAGUUUUGUGCAUAAUUUUAAACUCGUCAGGCGCUUUUUAACCUCCGUCUGAAAGGAAACUCUUCCCCUCGUCUCCUAGUUCGGGUCAGAACGGGGACUUUAAUGGUUUAUCCUCCCUGUCCGAGCAUGAAGCCAUGACCCCGCCGUUUCCUGGCAACGCUGCGUCGAGAGCCUGCUGUAUAAAGAGUUCGGCGAGGAUUGGACAGCGCUCAAUGCAACGACAAGCUGCGGGGCUAUCUGUGUCCCAACUCUGUAUACGCAGGCCUCUGGUUGUUGCAUGUUGUCACCACACCAAACUCUUUGGAACGAAGGACGAAGACCCAUCAGGUCUUUAUGGGACCGAUAGUUUGUUAGCGAGUUCGUGAACAGUACGAGUCACUCUGGCAGGUAACCACACAUCAUUCGGAGCUCCUCUUCAGUAAACACUGGCUGCUCGACUGGUUGCACAGUGGCCGGCCACCGGAGUCCCGAGUUUGCUCUUUGUUUUGUUGCCUACAUACUGCACCCUGGGUUCUCCUUAUAACUGCUUCUUUUCUUACGUUAACAUCCUGUUGACACACACUUUCAACAGUGGAGCGAGUGUGAGCAGCACGAAUAAAAUCGUACCGACGUACAUCAGGGAAAGUUUGUACUGUUUUGGAGUCUGACAGCUGAAGGAGGCCAAACUGAGACUUAGCACUUUGAUGUAUAAGGUCAUGUGAAGAGAAAUGUAUAAAAGCGGCCGUAUUAGGAGAGUAAUUUUUGGCCCUUUUUACCACUUAAGAUGUGAAGCAGCCAUCAUGACUGAAAACUCUUCAAGUGCUCCCCCCCUCCCCACGAUCCAGUUUUAGGGAGAACCCUGGUUCCUGAUGUGUACAGUGCACUUGGACAGAGACACACACACAUACACACAGAUGUGCACACAGCAGCUGCAAGAGUCCUCAGAGAUCAUAAAUGAUAUCAGUGAUAUCUGGAGUAUGUUUACAUGCACAUCAGUCCUCUGAUCACAGGAGGUGAUCGGCUUUAAGGCAAUAUUUUCAUGAUGUCACGUAGCCGUUACCACAAUCUACUAUAUAUGCUUAAUGAAAGGGUUCUUAAUUCACGAAUAUGAUGACUACUUCUGAUCUGAUCCUACACGCAGACCAAGCUCUGCUAAGCUGUUUAGCUUAGCGUGACGCCAUAAGAGCCAUCUCUACAGAGGUCUUUGAAAGGAGAUAUCUGAGCCUGGAGCCAAGGUUUUAAAAUGUCACUCACUGUAAGGAGCAUGUGAGACCAGUCAGUCAAUCAGAUCACGUCAAAGGGUCCAAAUGCAAAAUACAGGAGGUUUUCUCGUUAAUAAGUAAAAGAACGGUAGUAAAAGACCGUGAGCUCGCCAUGCUAACUGUUGAUCAAAGUUAUGUUAGCUUGCCUUGUCAGUGACAUCAGCAGUGCAUGCAUACAAAUCAUGCUUUACGAUCAAAGUGACAUCAAGUGGCUUUUAUUGUCAUUUGAGCCAUCCACAGGUAAUAUGGUGCACCGCAGAACAAGGUGCCACAAAUGAGGCUACACCCAACUCCGGUUAGCUCCAGUAAACCUAACCUGCAGUUACUGCUUCGCUAGCUUUGCUGUCCCAUCGCUGUCACAUUUAAUUAGCUGCCUGCACUGAGCCAAGACGUUUGCUCAGGUAAAAGAAAUCCAUAAAUAGACAUGUCUGGUUUCAAAGGAGGGAAGCUUGGUCUGCAUGUACUGUUGCUCAGAUCACGAAGAACUCAAAUAAUUGGAUUUCAUGCGACAGUUUCAGGAGUCGCAGUAUUGCCUUAAUAACUACAGUGCACGUAAACACACUCGGUGACUUCCCCUCUGAGCGAGAGGAAGCUGAUGAAGGCGGUGAUGAAGGGAGCAACAGUGGAGCCCUUUGUGUCGUCUCUCAUCUUUUUUUGUGUACACUCUUUUAUCCAUCUUCUCUUUGUGUUUAACUCUGUAGCUUUGACUCCCUCAAGCUCCUCCUCUUUUCCUCUCCUUCCUGUUUUUUUUCCUUUUCCUAAAGAAAGAAAGUAAGAAAGACAUUUUUCUGAUUCAGUGCCAAGAAAAUCAAAGACGAAAAAGUGAAAAGUCUGUCUCAUUGCCAAGUUUGAUAGCGGGGGGGUCGUAUCCUCCUGUCGCAGUGCCAAGUUAAAAAAAAAAAGACGUCUUUGACACCCAAACCCUCGAGCAAAUGUAAUGUUUUAUGAGCAGAAAACGCCGUAUGCUGUAUGAGCAAAUCCUCUGACGAGUUCAUCCAGUCAACUUAUAGCUGUAAAGUCCGAUCUAUAUCUUUAUUUCAUAGCUAGCUGCCCACAGUUUUGUCUGUAGCUCCUUUUCGCCGUUUAUACAUUUAAAAAGCAAUACGUUUGUUUUCCAAGUCUGGAACGAGAGUCUCCCAGUGUACGUAAACUCAUAUUGAGUGGGAGGGGGUCACACCCGUGUAGUAGCUGAUUUAUCAAUAAAAAAAUGCGCUUUGAUCCAAAGUUUUGUAUGCAGCACGACGACGUUUGACACGAUGUCAAAGGUUUACAACAUGAGUCCAGUGGUGUUAUCAGUAUUAAAAACUUAUUAAUAUUUAACUGUGGAACAGAUGAAAGUGUUGGAUAUUUUAUUUUUUCAGAGAUGUAAAAUGCCUGUCUGUGAAACACGUGAUUUUUUUUUCCAUCUUUGCAUGAUUGCAGUUUUUUUCUUUACUGACAGACUCUUCUCAGAUCCUUAAAGGGGACCUAUUUCGCUUAGACUUUUGCAGAGUAGCUUUGCCUGAUUCACAGGUUAGAAUAACCCUUAUUAAUCUUGUACUGCUGCUUGGUGCAGCCCCUUUAACUCCUCUUCUCCACGCUCUUCUGAUUGGCUGCCCCUCAUAAGCCAAAGUCUUGAACAUCAGUUGGGCGGGGCUUCUGUGCCCAAAAGUAGUAAAACGCUCAGAAACUGAGUGCUCAGAAGGGAUUACAGGGAUUUUUUUGUACACAUGGUGACUUCAUCAUUUCAAACCUUGGGUAUGUUUAAUGUACAUGACAGAAAGAAGUAAAUAAGAAAUAAUAGGUCCCCUUUAACUCAAGCAAAGCACAAAUACCACCACACUAAUAAUACUCAGAUACAAGCGGAAAAGCAUUAACAGGCAUACCUGCCCAUUACACAGGACCGCCCAGUUUGCUACGUUGUAUAUCAUAUAUUUAUUAUUUGAAUCAUUGUUAAUCUGAAAGCCUUGUAAUGUGAAGGUUUCUGCCUUUAAACAGUACAGAAUUGCAGUUGCAACCCGUGCACACUAAACUCAUCUUAAUUGGUCAUGUGGUGAGGUUUGCAGUGAUGUAAAGGACCUCUGUAUUAUUCCUAAAUGCAGUGUUUAACCAAACGCCCUCCUGCUGUGCACUAAUGAUGGUGAAUAGUGACAAGAGAGAUUUUGGACGGUUUCACUUAAUUGAGUUUUAAUGCAAAUGAUUACUUCCUGUUUGUCUCUCAGUGUGUUCCUACUUUUUCUCGCUGUAAAUGAAUUAGCUGUGAAAAUGUUUAUUGAGAUGUGAAAGAUCGCGUUAGCACAGCAUGAGAAGUCUUUCCACAGCAGUUUAUCACCUUUUUUUAGAUUCGUCCUGAGCGACAGUCCUUCAGCUUUACAACGUAUUCAUCUUGGUUAUGAUGCACUUUCCAUCACAUUGAGUGCAAACUGCCAGUGAAACUGAGGAAAACUGCGUCGGUAAAACACCGUGCCAUGUAGUCAAUAGGUGAGAACAGGUAAAUGAUCAAACCUUAGCGAUACUAACCAUCCCGUCCUCUCAGUGUGCAGGGAAACAAUAUCAAGUUUGAUAAGAUACUGUAGGACUUCUAAUGUGCCAUGUUUCUAACAGUUUAUUACCUAGGACACUCUGCACUACCACUAAACGACAAUAUGCUGCAAUUAACCCAAAUCAGUCCAGUACGAAUUUAUUAGUGUUGUUUGUUAAUUCAGCUAAUAUUAGCCCGAGGGAAUACGUAAUGUUUUAUUGUUGUAAUAUAGUCAUAUUAGCAUAAUAGGCUUAAAAAAACUAGACCAUAAAAUCUGUUUCCUGUGUAGAACCUUCUCAUCAUCUGAUGAUUAUCCAUGAAGCACUUUUAUUUUAAUAAUGUGUUUCUACACAUGAAGUUUGACUUGAAUGAUGUGGUGACAAUCAUUGUGGGAUGUUAAAAAAAGGAUGUUAAAUAUAAAUGAAAGGAGUUUUGCAGGCUUAGGUAUUAUUCUUCUGUACGAUGGUUAGAACUUUAUGGAAACUUAUCUUUCUUUGUUCUUCACCGUGAAAAAUAUCAGACUUUAAAUCUUCAUUUUGUCCAGUUAAACGUUACAUUAGCUGCUUAGAUUUUAGGAUUUUAGCUCAUCCAUCUGAAAGACAGAUGAGCUUCUUUGAUGGUGAGGGGUCCGUUGUCUGCCUGUCUGUCCCUCCACAGUUCAUAAGAAUAGCUGCUCCUCCCAGAGCGGCCAGAUUUUAGUGAGACUUGCACACAUUGAUCACCUAAUGGAUCUUCAACCAAGGUGCUCAAGCUCAGUUUGCUCAUGUGUGACCUGUUGGUGGGCCUCCUGGACUUCUCAGUGGAUUUAAAUUAUCAGUAAUUUGUGAUGAACAGCUGACCAAUGGAAAAAAUAUAUAUUCAGCAUUUAGAUGUUUUUUCUCAUUCUUUUUAGUUGAUGGCUAUAUAUUAUGUUAUAUAUAUUAUUAGAUAUUAUGAAAUGAUUUCAAAUUAAUGGAUCAGUGGUACAUCCUGUUCAUAAAUGCAAAGUGGGUGCUGAUUUGCAAAUAUUUGAAAAACAGAUUUGUGUCUCUACCCAAAGGAGAGCCACUACAGAGCUGUCUGUUUUGUUUUUUGUUUUUGUUUUUUUUUCUAUUUUUUUUUUGGUUGGGGGGGUGUCCGAAAGGUUUUGUUGUUCUUGGUGUUCGACACCAGCACUAUGGUAAAGCUCUGUGGCUGUCAAAAUACAAAGUGGUUCAGGAAUGAGCACCAGCUCCGGAAAAGGAUCCUUUCAUUGCUUUUAAUUGGACAUUUUUGCUAAAAUGUCAUUAACUCAUUAAAUAUUCACUAGUGAUACAAGCAGCUGCUGUGCUUCUAUCAUUGUCACAAGUCAAUAGCCUAUGGUGCAAGGAAGGACCGGUAGUGUUUAGCUGCUUCCCAAUUCAGGGCCCACAUCCUUCGGAUGCUGCAUUUGAAGACCGAUUACAUCACAGCGAAAGCUGUCCCAAUUUGAAGACUCCGACAAAUGUGGCCUUCAUGUCCCCGGAUUUGAAGGAUGGGUCGGGUGUAUCCUUCGUGUCCCAACCUAUAACAGAAUUCAUCACGCGACCCAGCCAAUUCCAGUUUCCAACGAUGGCGGCAGCUACUUAGCUUUAAUAUUACUCCUAUUAUUCUUUCUGGGUCACAAAAUAAACUUUUAAGAUAUUUUCAGGCGAGAAAGUAGCUGAGUACGCUUCAAAUGUCUGCUUAGUUUAUCAAGACAUCACAUAUUGGCAAAAGUGCGCCGACGUUUUCAGAGACAUCUGUUACCCACCAGCUUGAUAGCUAGCUGGGAGGUCAAGGCUCACCAGAGCCGACGAGAACAGCGAACUCCCGCUACAUCGUUUUCAAACCCCCCGCAGGCUUUGGCUACUCAGGUCAAACAUGAUAUAUAAGGAUAACUUAAAAAUGUUAUUGUUUGGCUUUGUGUAUUAUUUUGUUUGUGACUAAAUUGGUUU